CUCACCUUGAAAAUCUCUCGUUCUAAUACGGCUGCUUUUGGUCAGCAACGCGUAAUUAUAAUCAGAAAAAUUCUCUCCGCUUCCCGCGCCGCCGCCGCCAUCUCUCUCUCUUUCUACUGUAACAGUUCUUUCUCUCUCUGAUGAGAUUUAUAAUCUGAGAAAGGAUAAGGAAGUGGGAUUUUGUUGGAGCUUCAGAAUUUGUUCUCUGGUUCGUCAAUGGGGAAGAAGAACAGUAAUUCCAAGAAGCAAUGUUACAUUUCCGUCCCAUCUCAAAUCAUAAACUCUUUAUCUACUUCUUCUCUUCAAUCCCUUCUCGAUUCGCCUAAGAAAUCUUCUAAAACGUACAACAAAUAUCUCAGUCUUUCCACUUACAGAAGCUCGAAGAAGCUAUGGCUUCUCGCUAUUUUCUUAUUCGGCCUUUUGGGUAUGUUGAAACUUAAUUUUAAUCUCAACCCUUUAAUCGUGUCAUACCCAUGUUUCUCCUCGCAAUCGCAAGGUUUAGUUUCUAAUGGGGUUUUGAAAUCGGGUGUAAUCGAUAGAGAAAAGGAAAAUGUUGUUGAGGAUGUGAUUAUGAACGAUUCUGUUCAAUCUCUUAAGCCGAUUUCAAAUGGGGUUUUGAAAUCGGAUGAGGGUUUUGGAGAGGGAAAUGAGGAGGUGGAGUUCUGGAAGCAACCUGAUGGAUUGGGCUACAAACCGUGUUUAGAUUUCAGCGAAGAUUAUAGAAAAUUAACCACUGGAAUCGUUAGUGAAAGGAGUAAGUAUCUGAUGGUUGUUGUUUCUGGUGGGAUGAAUCAACAGAGAAAUCAGAUCGUUGAUGCUGUUGUGAUUGCUAGAAUUCUUGGAGCUGCUCUGGUUGUUCCAAUCUUGCAAGUGAACGUAAUCUGGGGAGAUGAAAGUGAAUUCUCUGAUAUAUUUGAUUUGGAGCAUUUCAAGAAUGUUUUAGCAGAUGAUGUUCAUAUUGUUUCGUCUCUGCCAUCGACUCAUUUGAUGACUCGGCCAGUCGAGCAAAAAUCGACUCCCCAUCAUGUCUCACCGAGUUGGAUUCGGUUGCGGUACCUUAGGAAGCUUAGAAGAGAAGGGGUACUGCUGUUGCGCGGCUUGGACUCGAGGCUUUCUAAGGAUCUUCCUUCUGAUCUCCAAAAGCUUAGAUGCAAGGUUGCUUUUCGUGCUUUGAGGUUCGCUCCACCGAUCGUAGAACUUGGCAACAAGCUCACCGAGAGAAUGCGAAGCAAAGGGCAGUACCUUGCGCUUCAUUUGCGAAUGGAGAAAGACGUAUGGGUGAGAACUGGUUGUUUACCUGGUUUGAGCCCCAAAUAUGACGAGAUGAUAAACAACGAACGAAUACAACGGCCCGAACUCUUAACUGCUCGGUCAAACAUGAGCUACCAUGAUAGAAAACUUGCAGGCCUUUGCCCCCUGAAUGCCUAUGAGGUUAUGAGGUUACUAAAAGCUCUUGGAGCUCCUAGAGAUACAAGAAUAUACUGGGCUGGAGGGCAACCCCUGGGAGGAAAAGAGGCCCUGCAGCUGUUAACAAGCGAGUUCCCGAAUUUCUUCAACAAGGACGAUCUUGCUUUGCCGAGUGAACUCGAACCGUUCGUGAAAAAAGCUUCGAUUAUGGCAGCUAUCGACUAUAUUGUAUGUGAGAGCAGCGAUGUUUUCAUGCCUUCUCAUGGAGGAAACAUGGGCCAUGCCAUUCAGGGACGCAGGGCUUAUGCUGGGCACAAGAAAUACAUAACACCAAACAAAAGGCACAUGCUGCCCCUUUUCCUGGACUCCUCACUACCUGAACCAGAGUUUAACAGGAUCAUCAAGGAGUUGCAUCAGGACUCCCUUGGACAGCCCGAACUUCGAACCAGCAAAGUGGGACGAGACGUUACUAAGUACCCUAUUCCUGAAUGCAUGUGCAACAACAGCUCUGAUGCUCGUGCCAUAUAAGUCAACAGCUCUGAUGAAGAACAAGAGUUUGAGUUGACAAAACCUCGGACAUCCCGAGUCGAUGCUUGAAGCCGAGCCCUCUUUAGAACCAUGAGUUUGGUAUCGUCUGGUCGGGUGGAUGAAGCAUCAAAUGCAGCAGCAAGCUGAAGAACACAGCUGAGGCUAUGAAAAUGAGUGAGAAAGAUGUCUAUAUAUAUAUAUCACAUUGUAUGAUUCUUUGAUUCUUUAAUGAAUAAGUUCUUGUAAUUACAUAUUUUACUGUAAACACCAACUUUCUUUAAUGAAAUAAUUCAU